UCGGUUGGGAGCAGCCUCCGUCGAAACACGCAUCUCUCUCGAACCAUGGGGAAUUCAUCGAGUACGCCCAAGAUAUCCGCCCAGGAUAGGGCUAUCCUUGACAUGAAGAACCAACGCGAUAAGCUACACCAGUACCAGAAGCGCAUUACCAUCAUUACCAACAGAGAGAAAGAGAUAGCCAAGGAGUGCUUGCGGAAUGGCGACAAGAAACGCGCUCUCCUGGCCUUGAGGAAGAAGAAGUACCAGGAGUCGUUGCUCGCAAAGACAGACCAGCAAUUGGCCCAACUCGAGACUCUCACCAGUGACGUCGAAUUCGCCCUAGUUCAGAAAGAUGUCGUCUUUGGCUUGCAGCAAGGUACAAAGGUUCUGAAAGAGAUCCACAAGGAGAUGGGAGGUCUCGAACGUGUCGAGCUCAUCUUGGGCGAGAACGAAGAGGCACAGGCAUACCAGAACGAGAUCAAUGACAUGCUCGGCACGAGAAUGACUAACCAAGAGGAGGACGAGGUCGAAGACGAGCUCGAGGCCCUGGCAGCAGAAGCAAACAAGCAGAGGAUGCCGAGUGCAGCAGAAGAGGGUGUUAUUGCACCCAUGCCGAAUGCUCCCACGGACGCGCCCAAAGAGACGACGAAAGAAAGAGCGGCAAGGCGAGCAAGAGAGCGAGAGACGGAGAAUGGCGCCGAGCCUAUACUUGCAUAAGACAUGAGGCAUGAGACACGCAAUGAUUGCAUAACGGUGGUUUUGUUGGUUUUACAUAUGUUCAAUACCCAAUAGUCUGUUUUUUCCUUCA